AUGAAGUCCUUUGCGAUUGCAUUGGGCGUCAUUGCGCUGAUAAAUAUCGUGUCUGCAGGCUGUAACGUAGAACUGGGUUUUAGAGUCCAAUAUUCUGACAUGGCAAUCUUGAGCUACGUCCAGCUUCAGGUUCUCAGUGCGCAAAAUAAGGUCCUCAUUGACAAUCUUGAUAAUUCAACACGUGAAGAGUGGGAUGUCAAGCGAAAUAAGAACAUUACUUGGCUUGUGCCUCAAAGUUGGCCAGCAGGCGAAUACACCCUACGAGCUUUUGGCAAUGCACCCUAUGCCUGCACUGAGGGUGGACGCCCCACAUAUUGUGAUUUCCUACUUGAAGAAUAUAAAACACUGAAUGUGAAGAAGCUAGCCAAAGGACAGGGCUGUCCUAAAAUUCCUUCUGAGUCUUCCUUAGGCAGCGUCCUGCAAUUAUCACCUUUGGCUCCUACUUUUAAUGGAACCGCUUUGUCAUCAUCACUUAAUUCAUCUAACUCAAGAAAUUUGUCUGCCUUCAAUACCGCCAAUACUGGUAGUAAGAACUAUGGUUGGCCAAGACUUCAGUUUGUUGUGAGUCUUUUGAUUUGGACAACAAUGACACAACUCAUAUAG